AUGGUCAACUCCUGUUGUGGUUCUGUCUGCUCUGAGCAGGGCUGUGACCAAAGUCCCUGCCAGGAAAGCUGCUGCCAACCCAGCUGCUGUCAGACCACCUGUUGCCAGACCACCUGCUGCCGUCCCAGCUGUGGAGUGUCCAGCUGCAGCCGCCCAGUCUGCUGCCAGACCACCUGCCGUCCCAGCUGUGGAGUAUCCAGCUGCAGCCGCCCAGUGUGCUGCCAGACCACCUGCCGUCCCAGCUGUGGAGUGUCCAGCUGCUGCCGCCCAGUGUGCUGCCAGACCACCUGCCGUCCCAGCUGUGGCGUGUCCAGCUGUUGCCGCCCAGUGUGCUGUCAGACCACCUGCCGUCCCAGCUGUGGAGUGUCCAGCUGUUGCCGCCCAGUGUGCUGUCAGACCACCUGCCGUCCCAGCUGUGGAGUGUCCAGCUGCAGCCGCCCAGUCUGCUGCCAGACCACCUGCCGUCCCAGUUGUGGAGUGUCCAGCUGCAGCCGUCCUGUCUGCUGCCAGACCACCUGCCGUCCCAGCUGUGGAGUGUCCAACUGCUGCCGCCCAGUGUGCUGCCAGACCACUUGCUGUAGUACAACUUGCUGUCGCCCCUCUUGUUGA